AUGCACAGCAGAGCUCGGCCCUCAGGAAGGACACCCCACUGGUGGAGGGUGCUGAACAGGAGCACAGCCCUGCUGGGACCCGCGGAGAUAGAAACCCACAGACCAUGCAGAGCUGAGGGUCCUGCAGUCACACAGAGGACCCUGGACCAUGAGUCUGGACAAGCCCCCAGGUGGUUUUGCUGGGCCCCCAGGAGCCCACUCCCCUGGGGGCCCAGCACAUGAGAGCAUUAUAGACCAUGGCCAGUGGCAUCAAUGGGGGUUCCCCCUUGCUCUGUCAGUCCUGGCUUCUUGAGGGGUGAUGCAGGCUGAAUAGGUACCUGUGACUUCGGUCGUAAAAAGGAGACGUGUCUGCAGAUAACUCACAGGACCCCAGGACCCCUCAGAAAUGCUGUCAGGGCCCAGGCCACGGUGGGCAGGUUCAGCCACGUGGAUAGAAGGAGUUAGCCAAUGGGGGUAGGGGACUGUUCAUAGAACCCCCAACCCCGAAGUGUGGGAGACAGAUGUGUCUCCUUGGAUGGCAGUCUGUGACCGGAGUGGUAAGGGGUCCACCACCAGGGCACGUGACUGUCCUACAGCCCCUUCGUCUGGCCUGUGGACUCCCUGAGUGUCCGACACUCUGGAGUCAGGGCCCCAUAGUGUCCUCAUCUUAGGCCCAUAUUUCCACCCUGCUGCCCCAGAGACCUGCACCCACUAGUUUACACCCUGUCUGUGAGCCAGAGAGGGAGACCCCUGGGGCUCCAGUCUGCUGUCACCAGAGGGAAGGCUUGUUCUCCAUCACAGAGCAGGAACCCAGGGGCAUUGAUGUGGCCAGGCAGAGGGCACCUCCCUCACAAGCCCUUCAGAAUCUCCACCGCCUAAGACACCCUUCUGUGUGAGUCAAGCUGUCCUUUCCAUCUAGAGCCCAUUAGCUGACAGCACCCUACCUGCCCUUGCACCCCCACCAUGUGCCCAGGGAGUCAUUGGCCCUUCCCCCUUGCACCAUAUGCCCUGCCUUACAGCCGUGGAGGGGCACCCCAAAUCUGGGCCAUGCUAAUUUCCUCAUACUGCUCCCUGCCCCCUCCCACCCCGGCCCCCAAUGGCCAGCCCAUCCCCUGCAAGACAGCCUUUUCAAAGUACCGUUAGAGAACCGUGGACCCCUGCUGCCACCAUCCAUUCAUGGAGGCAUCUCCCCACGCUGUGCAGGGGCUCCAUUAGACCGUCAGCCUUCCCCCAAAGAUAGGGUUCUAGGCCCAGACCCACCUCCAGGGCCUGGGAAGCAGGUCCCAGAGCUCCAGUGUGCAGAGCACACUGCCCCACAGUACCAGGAACCCCUGAUGGUUCUGUGUCCAGGCUGGAAUGGGGAGCCCUGUUUGGGGCUGAGGGAGUAUGCAGUGGCCUGGCACCUCCAACCAUAGGAGUCUGUCUGAGCCAGUGUCCUGCCGGCCUUGGACUCCUUGGAAGGACACCAGGUACCUCGGCAUAGUCCCUCUCUCUUGCCCCCACCCCACCCUAGCUGGUCCCUACGACAGUGGAGGCCUGUGGCUAGCUCAGCCCCAUCCCACUCUCCUCCUGCCCAGUCCACUGCUGUCCUUGCUACCCAGUACCACCGCCCCACCCACCGGCAGGCUCCCUCCAUCCCCAGACAAACACACUCUUCUGCCCGCACACAAGGCCCUUGUCCUGGGCCAGACCCUCCCCUGCACAACCAUCUGGAUUCAAGGAGUUGGGAAGGCCUCAUCCAGGUGGGCCACGGGAAGAGGAGAGUGCAUCCAGAGCACCCUAAGUGGUAAGGUCUUUGAUGGUAGGAAAGGGAGGACCUGGAGGGUCAAGGUCACUUACUGGGAGCUGUAUGUGCUCAGGCGGAAAUGCCUGCAGACCUCUGGCUACAGUUGAUGGAAACAGAGCAGGCCUCACGGCCCUGGGCCCUUUGUUCUCAGGGCUCCCUGCAGGGCGGUUUGCACACAUCCUGGCAGGAAUUGUUCUCCUGCAGGUCUGUCUGGAGACCGCCCUCAGGAUCCCACUUCACUGCCUCCUGUUUCCGCAGCACACCUACAAUUCCCAAGGACGGAGAAGGGCCAGCUGUAGGCAGUGAGGAAACCUGAGACUAGGAGAGGCCCAUCCGCCUUUGUGUAUGCUUUCUUGGCCUGCCCUUCUCCAGGUCAGGCACAAGCCUCUGGAGGCCCUGGGUGGGGCAGCCAGGGGCGCUCCCUGGGGACCUGACGCCAGCCCGUGUUGCUGAGCUCAUUCAGAAGCAGGCACUUGGGCUUACGCACCUGCUGAGCUCACCUGGUGCUUGGGGCCUUUCCUGCCAGAGGCCUGGCCCCCAGGAGGCUCUGCACAGCACGGAUGCCUGCGGAUGAGGCCACUGCUUCUGCUUUCCUCCGAUGGCUGGCUACCCCAGGGGGAGGCCCCUCAGACCCCAGUGCUCUGAUAGCAACAUAGACCCCUGUCAGGUGCUCUGGGACCCAGGCCAAGCGCAAUGGAUGUGGGAAGUAGCCUCUCUCAAGGCUGGAGUCCCAAGGGUAAGGCCUCCAGCCCAUACCAGCACGCAGGGGCUCAGCAGAAAUGGGUGGACACAGGCUGCUGCUCGGCAUUUCACUGCCCUAGCUGAGAGCCCAGGCACUGGAGAGUCGCGGCAGGAGAGGGCUCGUGUCUGCCCACCCUUCCUCAGGCGCGUUCUUCUUCCCUGGGAGGACCAUGUGGGGUCUCAGUUAUUCUGGAUCCUUCAUCAGGCUGAGGGAAUUUUCUGCUCCUCCACUCUGCUGGUUUUUAUCGUCAACAGGAAGUUCUAUUACAUCACCCUGCUCCGGGACCCGGUGUCGCGCUACCUGAGCGAGUGGCGCCACGUGCAGCGGGGGGCCACCUGGAAGACCUCGCUGCACAUGUGCGACGGGCGCACGCCCACGCCCGAGGAGCUGCCCCCCUGCUACGAGGGCACAGACUGGUCGGGCUGCACGCUGCAGGAGUUCAUGGACUGCCCCUACAACCUGGCCAACAACCGCCAGGUGCGCAUGCUGGCCGACCUGAGCCUGGUGGGCUGCUACAACCUGUCCUUCAUCCCCGAGGGCAAGCGCUCCCAGCUGCUGCUGGAGAGCGCCAAGAAGAACCUGCGGGGCAUGGCCUUCUUCGGCCUGACGGAGUUCCAGCGCAAGACGCAGUACCUGUUCGAGCGGACGUUCAACCUCAAGUUCAUCCGGCCCUUCAUGCAGUACAACAGCACGCGGGCGGGCGGCGUGGAGGUGGAUGAGGACACCAUCCGGCGCAUCGAGGAGCUCAACGACCUGGACAUGCAGCUCUACGACUACGCCAAGGACCUCUUCCAGCAGCGCUACCAGUACAAGCGGCAGCUGGAGCGCCGGGAGCAGCGCCUCAAGAGCCGCGAGGAGCGCCUGCUGCACCGGGCCAAGGAGGCGCUGCCGCGGGAGGAGGCUGAGGAGCCCGGCCGCGUGCCCACCGAGGACUACAUGAGCCACAUCAUCGAGAAGUGGUAGUGGCGCAGCAGCGGGGCGGGCGGGGGCGGGGGGCGAGGCACGCAGCCCAGCACACCCGGGCCGCCUCGAACUCUGCAGGUUGAGCUUCUCAAGUUAUUUUGCUCACCUCGAGGUAGAUGCGUCCUGAGAGAGGACAGAGCCGGGAAAGCGGGGGAUGGGCAGGGGCGGUGCUGUCUUCCAUGUCGGGGCCUGAGAAAUCCACCAGUGCCACGCUGAGGAGCGCGUGCCAGAGGACACCCCAGGCCGCCCGCACAAGCCAGGGCAGCGGCGCCCUGCCCCUGGCCCCCCCUCCACAGCUGAUGGUUGGAAGAGAACAGGACGGUCCAGGUCGAGAGUGGACCUGCCAGGCAGGCGCACACCCCACACCCACUAUGCACACCCCACUCUUACUCCCCAGACCAGUUUGACACCAACUCCAAGCACCUCCCCGGGCUCAGGCCGCUUGGGCAACGCCUCAGUGCCCUGAUGCCGCGGGGCCUAUAUGAAGCACCCGCCUCCCCCAGCACAGUCAGCUUCUGAGGUGUCAUCAGUAAUGGAGCACCCCGGCUUGCCCACCUGCCAGGUCAGGGCCCACCCUCCCGAAGCCCAGGUCUAGUUCAGCCCCUAGAAGUCUGCUCUCCUCCGGGCCAAGAUCAAAACCCAGAUCUGGCUUUGUGCUUCGGGCCAGGAGAGCAAAGCACACCUCCUGGGUGGCCCCGUCCCAUCUCCCUCGGUCCUCAAACUGCGGGGAGGUGGGCCCCACACUGCAGAACCCCAGGCAUGGAAGGCUGUGGCCACAGAUGCUGGCACCUGUGUCUGAGGCGCCCCCCAUCUGGUGAGAAGGGACUACACACAGCUCUCUAUGUCCCAGCCGCCUCUGACCUUCCGCUCCAUCACUUGGGCACUGUUCAGGGCACAUGCCCGCUGCGUCAGGUCCCCGCGUGUAACCAUCAGGCCUCCUUCAGCUGGAGCACCAUAGGGGCACCCCCUGCCCAUGAGCCAUAUUUGGAGCGAUGGACGGCCAGGGAAGGGGACUCUCGCUUUCAGAUUCUCAAUUAGGGUUGGAAGAAACAGUUCUGGGUGGCUCCCUGGUUCCCACAUAGACAACCUUCCUCCACCCCCUAGGCGCUCACCAAAUUUCCCUGCACCCCCACCCCAGCUGGUCAGGACCUGUUCCUGGCCGCCUGCAAAUUGGAGAAGCCAUGUUCCAUAUCCUAGUAAACCCGCCCCCAGGCCCUGUCAUUUCUGUGCUCAAGGCCUCUCCCGGGCCUGCCUCACCAGAGACAGGCUGGGUUCUGUGGGCCCUUCCCACCCGACCUGGGUGGCACCUGUCUCAGGCGGGGCAGUGAUAGCCACCUGGAGAGAACAGAGCCCGCCAAGGCUCUUUUUCCCUUCCCGGCACCACACUAGGCCCAGUCGUCCCACCCUGGGGUGAGGGCCUGGGGGCCGGGAGAAGCUAUAGCGGUGAAGGCAGUGGCUGCCGGCCCAGGAGGAAGCACUUUAGUCUCCUCUAGCGUAAGGGCCCUGUCUUCCAGUUUCUUACUGGCCCUUUCACCUUAGCCCACAGAGGGCAGUGGGAUUGGCAGCCCAGCCCAGGCAUGCCCCCAGGGCAGGCGUGUGUCAUGCUGAGGACACCCCAGUGGCUAAGUGACUCUCGGAAAGGGGUGGAGGGCAGUUUGGAGAGCUGCUCUGAUGCUCGCCGGGGUGGGUGUGCACCUGGGAGAGCGUGGGCAUGUUCUCCAGAGCUCUGGGCUCGCAGGGACGCCUAGGGCCUCCUGUCAUGCGGUGGCAGCUCCAGGUGCAAGUGGAAAGCUCAACCCAGUUCUACCCAAGCCCCUGGGCACCUGGCCUGCAGCCUGGCUCCCAGCGCCCUUGAGGGACUGCCAGUGUGUGGGCCUGAGCAGAGGAUCUGUUUUGUACAUAUUGGAAUGUUUUAACUCAUGGCCUGUUGUCCCAAUUCACACGGAAACACCGUCUCUCCUCGGUUGUUUUGCAGCAUCCGGAAAGGGGCCCCAUCUCGUGCAGCACCUAGGUGCAUGGGGCCCCAGACAGAACGGCUGGCAGGGCGCCUCAGCCCUCGAGUCUCAGCCAGCACUUCCACUCAGGCCGCCUGCCUGGCAGGGAAGCAUCCUGCAGCAUCGCCCACAGCGCCGCAGGCUGGGGCGCCGUGGAAGGGACAGCCCCGCCCGGGGCUGAGGACUAGUGGACAGCUGGCUCCCCUCGCAGGCCUGCCCGCGUGCUCAGGGUCCUAAGACGGCAGAGUUGUCUGAGCAAUGAGUCUGUGAACAUUUUGGGAACUGGAAGAGUUUAACUUGAACCCAGGAGCAUUUAAAGCUUUAUUUAUUUAUAGCUUCUUAUUAAAAAAUAAAAAAGUGUUGAGAAGAAAUUUUUUGGUUAUUCAUAGGGAAAAAAAUGAGUUGAUGGAAAAGCAAGUCAUAAUCAUCUAAGUGUUUCUGUCGAGGUCAAGAAUGGAUGCUAGCACAUGAAAUAAACCCUGGAAAGGAGGUGCUGGUGUGCUGUGGUCU